GCUGCCGAACAACACUGCUGCUAAAAAGAAAGACAGUGUUUUUGAAUGUUUGGUGGGAAAAUCCGUCUAAUGAAAGUGUUUGUUUUGGUGGGAGGGGGCUUGCCAUCCGAAUCCUACCGGCUGUCCGUCUGAAAUAGGGAAUGAACGACGAGACAGCCUCGGACAGCUGGAAGACAAACUCCGGGUGCUCCAGUAUUGAGCAAAUGCUGGCUGUGAAUCCCGGAAAGACGCCAAUUAGUCUGCUGCAGGAGUAUGGAACGCGGAUAGGGAAGACCCCGGUGUAUGACCUGCUGAAGGCCGAGGGACAGGCCCACCAGCCCAACUUCACGUUCCGUGUCUCCGUGGGAGAGAUCAGCUGCACGGGCCAAGGUCCCAGCAAGAAGGCGGCCAAGCACAAAGCGGCCGAGGCGGCGCUGAAGAUGCUCAAGGGGGGCCUGGCAGGUCCCUUAGGUUUCAGUGUUGAAGGGGACGUGUUUAUCGGGGUCGGUGUCCUGGCGGAUGGAGACAGUUCCCCAUGUGAGAUGAAGACUUUGGGCGCUUCACAGCAAUCAGAAUGUAAUCCCGUUGGAGCUCUGCAGGAACUGGUGGUGCAGAAGGGGUGGCGUCUACCAGAGUACACAGUGACACAGGAGUCUGGUCCGGCACAUCGCAAGGAAUUCACCAUGACCUGCAGAGUGGAGAGAUUUAUGGAAAUUGGAAGUGGUACGUCCAAGAAGCUGGCCAAGAGAAACGCGGCCGCCAAAAUGCUAGCGCGGAUACACGAUGUACCGGUGGAUCUGAGGACCAGCAACGACGCCGACGCAGAAGACGACACAUUCAACAUGCACACGGGAAGCAGGGCAGAGUCGUCAAAGAGUAAAGGCUACAGCUGCACGUGGGACGCGCUGAGGAACUCUGCCGGCGAGAAGAUCCUACAGCUGCGCAGUCACCCGCUGGGCAUACCCGCAGACUCCGACUUCUGCUCGCUGCUCGACGACCUGUCGGCUGAGCAGUGCUUUGACGUCAGCUACCUAGAUCUAGAGGAGCGCAGCCUGAGUGGUCGGUGCCAGUGUCUGGUGGAGUUGUCCACGCAGCCAAUCACGGUGUGCCACGGCUUUGCCAUGAGCGUGGAGGCGGCUCGCGCCAACGCCGCCCACAAUGCACUGCAGUACCUCAAAAUCAUGGCCGGGGCGAAGUGACGGGCCUGGAAGACGACAACUCGAAAUACCUCCCAUUUUUAGAAAAGAAGACAAGUCCACAAAUCCAUCAAGAAGCUAUCAGACAGUCUGAUAUGCUCAGUGAUUAAGUCAUAGAGGGCACACACACACACACAAAAGACACUGCUGUAAAAAUAUUUUAAAGACUGCCCUUUUUAACAACAUAAACUUGAAAAACGUAUGUUUUUGUCUUUGUCAUGUUAAUGAUUAAGACUUUUUAAUUGUAAUUUCUCAUAAAAUCAACAUAAGGGUCAGUGGCCAGGUUAUAAAAAUUACAAUCCUGCCUGAAUGACAAUUGGUACAAUGUGGAAUAUUCCUGUUAAUACACUAAUUCAGAUGUACAACUUGUUGCCAGUGUUAAAAGGAAAAAAAAGUCAAAUUACCUCAUUGUGAGACUUGUGUUCAACAAAAGGAGAUUACUUUUUCAAUAUCUUCAAUAAAUUGUGUUCUAUCUUCAGUUUUUUUAUUUUAGUUUUCACUUCUAGCAUUUUGUGCACUGCCGCACAUGUGCAGGCAUGUGGGCCCUUGUAGAACUAUUGUAUUGACUGCUGCUUUUUUAUUUUUUUUUUAAAAAUAAAAAUAUCGAAAUAAAAAAAUGUAGUCCCAUAAAUAUAUAUAUAUAUAAUUGUUUUUUUUUUUUUUUUUUUUUUUUACAGACUGAAAAACAAAAUACAGUAAUCCAAAUCAAGUUUGUUGUAGAGCUGACUAUUCAAUUGCACUUGGAACUAUUUUGCAAUUUGUGAAAAUAAAUUGGACAACUUU